UGAUCACCUCCGACCUGAUCUAACAUAUCAUAAACAUGCAGCUGUACAUCAUCGCCAUUGCCCUCUUCGGCAUCGCCAGCGCCGCCUAUUCCCCAUACCCAGAACAGUCCAACCGCCCUCAGGCCCAGUACGAGAGGAACGCCCGCAUCUUAGCCUACGAAUCUGAUGUUAAGGAAGACUCUUACAGAUACAACUAUGAGACCGAGAACGGUAUCAAGGCUGAGGAAGAAGGACGUGAGGUCGAUGGAAUUGAAGCUCAAGGUGGUUUCCAGUACACCGGUGAUGACGGUCAAAUCUACUCCGUGAGAUACACAGCUGGACAAGAUGGUGUAAAAGCUCUGGGUGACCACUUACCCACCCCUCCUCCUAUACCCGAAGAGAUCUUGAAAGCUCUUGAACAAAACGCUCGUGAUGAAGCCGCUGGUAUCAUUGAUGACGGUCAAUACAACCCCGGCAAAUAUGGUGGUGCUCCAUCCGCCGGCGCUUUCGUUCCUCAGCAGAACUACGCACGUGCACAGGCCACAGCCGGUUUCCGCAAACCCUACAAGUACUAAGUCUAAACGAGACCUCUUAUAAGCCUGGUUUACAUUCAGAUAUCUAGAAAACUAAAACCUCAUUCUUACUUUAAAGUACUUGCUCUGUAAGGGCUAAAAUUAAAGAGGCUAAUUCUUUUAACUGUAAUUUUAAGUCUUACAUUUUAUCAUUAAAUCAAAUAUUCAAUACAAGAAGUUCACUAGAAGAUAUUCUAGGAUUUUUUUGUUUUUAUGUCUCAACAUAAUUACAAUGCCACUUUUUAAUUGAGAUGCUUUAAAAUCAUUUAUGAGGUUUUAUGAUUCAUCUCAUUUCUAUUAUAUUUCUUUUAAUCCAUUUCAUAAGUGAACCUUAAUUGUCUUUGAUCUGAUCAAUUGAAUAUCGGAUAUUUUAGUAGACGAAUUGAAGCCAGGUCAUACUUAAUCGAUAUCAGUGAUACCACAUAAAUAUAUCUUAAUGUAAACUAGGCAUUAUGUAACAAAAAUAGCUUACGAUCAAUACAAAAUAAUGUGAUAAUAAUCUGUACUUCUGUAGGUAUAAUCCAGAUAAUGGAAAGUUAGUUUUUAUUUAUUCUAUGAAUAAAAAUUUUUUUAUAUAUAA